AUGGCCUAUGGUUUUGCGUUUCUAAGAUCAAUUCGCAAUGGAUUAAAGUCACGAAAGCCGUUUGGUAUUCGGUUAGCCAAGGCGAUAGUAGCUGUCCCAAUUAAAAUCGGUUGCGGAUAUAUAUUAUUUACUAACUACGUCGGCGGACCUCGUAUAGUGUGCGGCCCAUCCAUGCUCCCAACAUUUUCUGCCUCGGAGGAAUGUAUCAUUGAAGAUGCUCUCUCCGUACGACUCGGAUAUUACCCAAGGCGCGGAGAACUUGUCGUGCUCGACUCACCUUAUAAUCCGUCUCAGCAAAUUUGCAAACGUGUCAUUGGACUCCCUGGCGACGUUGUCUGCGUGGAUCCGUCCGGAGAGAGCGGUGAAGAGAUAUCCUCGGAACAUGUCUUGAUUCCUCCAGGGCAUAUAUGGAUUGCCGGAGAUAAUGCCGCAGCGUCGCGUGAUUCAAGGACUUAUGGACCUGUACCAAUUGCCCUGGUGCGCUCAAGGGUACUAGCUAAGGUGUACCCACGUCCUUGGAAAAUCUUUCGCGAUAAACCAAGUAUAUUGGUAGAAGAGUAA